AUUGUCAAAGUUGUUUACGGUUAGGUUAGUAACUUUUUAAAGAAGUUAUAUUAACAAAUUAAAUGAGUGAAAGAAAACCAAUUUCAUAAUGAUUGCUACAAACGAACCUGUCUUUUUAAGCAUCUAAAAUACAGCCAACUUGAAUUUGUUCAAGUGUCAAAAAGUACGCGAAUAUUUCUACGUAGGAUAUUUACAUAAUGUUCUCACAAAAUGUAUGAAGAUGAUAAUUUAAUUUCUACUCCAAAACGAUGCGUGCUCACUGAAGUUACCAAUUCGUCAAACUAUGUUUCCCCGACAGCAAAUUUAAAAUUGUUGACAAAUGUGGCCUUGCAUUAUCCCACGCCGCCGCCGAGCACAGUUCACCGCAAAGAAAAAUCUUUACAAAUAUUAUGCGAUAAAUUUCUCGAUCUUUAUCCAUUGCAUGGAAAUGGUCCAGUUGAGCUACAACUAGAUAGCACAGCAGCUCGCCUGGGAGUAGAGAAACGGCGUAUGUAUGACAUAAUCAACAUUUUAGAAGCUAUGCAAUGUGCAGUCCACAAGAGGAAAAAUACGUAUCUUUGGCAUGGCGCUUCAAGAUUGAAUUCAUUUUUAAAGAUGUUAAAAAAGCAAGGAGAAAAUUUAAGACUGUCUGAAGUACUCCGGGGAAAGGCACCAAAGCCACCAGCCCCCAAGCAUAAGACUCUUGGAGUAUUAGCACAAAGAUUUCUUAUGCUCUUUUUAGUAGAGCCUCCUAACAGACUGAUUAAUUUAGAAAUGGCUGUAAGUGUACUCAUAGACACAAACUCUAAAUGUAAGUCCACAUUAUCACCAGAGCAAAUGGAUCGUCAACAUAAAUCCAAAGUGAGGAGGCUCUAUGAUAUAGCCAAUGUACUGAUUUCAAUUGGUCUCAUUGAAAAAGUGUAUGGUAAUUCAAUAUUAAAGAAACCAGUGUUUAAAUAUGUGGGAAUUAAAAUAAAAAAGCUUGAUAAGGCAGCUUUCUUCACACCAUCACCUAUAACACCAGUAGCUGUGCUACAUGGUUCACAACAGCUGACACCAUGCCAUGUAUUUGCUGGAAAGUCCAAACGGAAGUUAGAGUUCACAACACCUACUACUAGCACAGAUAAACUCGGUGUCACCACUCCUCCACACACACCAUCACACAAAUGGGAUGAAAUUUUACUUGUAGCUGAUAUGGAGUUAAGUAAAAUUAAUAAUGGAGUUACUUUGUAAAUCCUUGGACUAUGACUAAUAUUAUAUUUUUAUAUUUAUUAUUUAUAAGAAAUUGCUAAAAAGAUUGACAAGAAUGAGACAAAUACAAUGAACUUGCCAAAUCUUAUAUUUUAUGGCAUAUAUUAAAUUCUAUGAAUUUAAGAAUAUAAGCCUUACCUAAAAAUCCUAUUUAUAUGUUAUAAUUAUGAAUAUAAUAAUAUUUUAACUACCUUCCUUAACUUUUCUAAAAUUAUGUAUGCAUCAACUUACGGUAAAAGUACCUAUAAAUAAACUGGUCUUCCAUUGAAUAUUUUAUAUAAAGAAUGUGAACUUAUUAAUGUUUUAUAAAAACUAAACUGUUCUCUUUGUUAAAAAUUUUAUUUAAAUGUUACUAAUAGUGAAAAUUUUAAUAUAGUGCAAUUGGGAUAAAAAUUUGAUAAUAUUUAUUUUCUGUCUUAUAUAUCUAAAGCAGACAAGGAAAUACUGUAAAUAAUAUAUCAUAACCUCACUAAUCAAUCAAGCAAAGUUUAGAUUUUGAAUUAUAUUAAAAUAAUAAAAUUAUUUUGUUAUCAUCCAAGGAGGUCUGGAUAUUUAUUUGUUUUUAUUGUAUGAAAUGUUACCUAGACUUUUAUUCAUGCAUGAAGUUUUAGCCCUCCUCUUGUUUUAGGUGAUUUCAGAAUCAAAAACUCAUUUAUGGUACAUUAUUGAAAGGAUGGAUUAGUGAGAUUAUACUUUAAGUACAAAUUCAAGAUUCUUCAUAUACUCAUAUUCACAUUUAACAAUACAAAUAUAACAUAUUUGUACAUUAACAAUGCCCUGUUAUUGACUUUAAUUAAUAUUAUUUACUUCAUGUAACAACUGACUACAUUUUUAUUUGUAUGCAAUGUUUAUGUUAUAAAAUUAUUUUAAUUGUAUUUAAUAAGACAUAUUAAGCUCAUAAUUAAAUUAAUACCAUAUAAAAAUUCAGACAAAGCUUCAUAUAUAUUUUUUUCUAUCAGCUUUCACCUGACGAUAUACUAUAUCUGCAGAAUUUUAUAAUAAUUUUUCUAUUAUAAAUUAUAAUACUUAUGCUAGUAGAGUAUUAACCUUAUUGAAUUUGAGGACAAUUAUGGUAUAAAUAAUGAAACCUAUGUAUCUUGACUGAGUAGGAAUGCUAAUAAUUGACUGUAAUUUAGGUUUAAAUGUUGGUGUGUCAACAUGUCCUUCAGAAAAUGUGAUGAUUUCAUUUAAUAUUUGUAAAAGUGAAACUUAGUACCUAGUUGGUAAUAUGCCAGGUUGUCUAUAUUAUGAAUUUGUAAUCAUAUUUUGUUAAAUAAAUAUGACAAAUUUU